UCGAGACAACAACGACAACAUCAAAAGGUCAGUCGGUAUUCUUAACUAAAAUGGCUUCUACACUGGCGAUUUUCAAUAUUUUUGUUUUCUCUGCGAUAUUGUUGACGGUACAGUGUGCAAAAAUAACUCUGUCUUUGAACCAGGGAGUGUGCUUGUGUGUCAACGAACCGAAUGUGGUCGCUGUGAAAGAUCCGGCAAAUCUAGCAUCCACCAUAGGAACUUUGGCAAAUGGUGCCUGUUUCACGUCCAGCGGUGGAAUUUACCAUAGCAACAGCGAUACAUACUACGAGCUGAAAGACGAUAGUAACGGACAGAUUGCAUGGGUGGACAGCUUUUAUUUGUCCAUAUCUCCAGCAGACCAAUGUAGCAGUGCUCACGCUACAAAACAGGCCCAUCAUAGUCCCAGCGGACAGCCAUUGGACUGUCUAACAUACGGCAAGACUUACACACAUGGACAGAACUUCUCCGUGCACGGGUUACAGUGUACGUGUGAUGAUGGGGCGGCCGUCUGCUCUUUCACAGGACACAACUGCUUUGUGGAUGGCUUAGUAUACCAGCAUGGGUCAGCAUUUUCGAUCAGUGGGAGUGGUUCGUGCACGUGCUCACAGGGAAGUGUUCAGUGCAACAUUGGAUAAUGAACUGCUUACAGAAUUGAUGUUGUAUCUGAACUAAGCAUGAAAAUAUUGAAUAAAGAAAUGAAAACUAGAAAA